AUGGUUCCUCCAACUUCUGAUCGUGUUGAAUCAGUUACUUCAUAUGAUAAUAAUGCUCGAAUUUAUCAAGAAACAGUAUAUAGAUUAUCAAAAAUAAUUGAAAAUCCUCCUGAAAAACGUUCAAGUUUAAUAGCAAAUCGUUUAAAAGAAUUAAACAAUGAAUGGGAUAUUGAACGUUUAUUAGAAUUCAAUGCUUCGUCAUUGUUAAUAAUAACUGGUAUAUUAUCAUAUAUUCAUUCAAUAAAAUGGUUAUUUCUAACAAUUGCUAUAGCAUCAUUUUUAUUGCAACAUGCUAUACAAGGAUGGUGUCCACCUGUUCCUAUAUUUCGAUCAUACUUUAAAAUAAGAACAUCUGUUGAAAUACUUACAGAAAAAGUUGCUUUAAAAUUCUUUCGAGGAGAUUAUCAAUCAAUUAACAAAAAAUUUAUUGACCAACAAUUUAAUGAUAAUAUUUAUAUUAAUGUUAAACAAUUAUUAGACACUGUUGAUCUUCAUUCUUAUAAUGAUAAACAAUAUCAACAAGAACAAUUCUAG